GACAUGGACAGCGAUGAGCGUUAUUAUGCGUCGGCUCAAAUUUAUAACGAGUCGUGCGCUUAUCAACGACCACAGGUCCAAGAAUAUAAUCAAAACCCACCGGCGUGUCUCUACGUAGGGAGACAACCACAGACUCCUUACGCAAAUCCUUCAUUGUCAGGGUUUGAUGAAGGAAGCCCCGCUGACAUUUCACCUUUCGAAGUCCCUGCGAUAGAGGAUCCUACAGUUUCGCAUCUCCGCCAUCCGCAGCCUCAGCACCCCAACACCCACUCUCAUCAAGGGGCUUGCUUUGGUAGCGCUCCCGAUAUCAGCAACCUGGAGGGUCACAACAGAACGCAUCUGCCCUUCCCUUGGAUGAAGUCAACCAAAUCCCACGCUCACAUAUGGAAAGGACAAUGGCCGGGGGGCUCAUUCAUGGUGGAGCAGGAAGAAAACAAGCGAACUCGCACCGCCUACACGCGGGCUCAGUUGUUGGAACUGGAGAAAGAGUUUUUAUUCAACAAGUACAUCUCCAGGCCCCGGCGGGUGGAGCUGGCCGUCAUGUUAAACCUCACCGAACGGCACAUUAAGAUCUGGUUCCAAAACAGGAGGAUGAAGUGGAAGAAGGAAGAGGAUAAGAAAAGAGGAAGGAAUGGUGCUCCCGAACAGGACUCGGUUGUAUCCUCUGGGGAUCUCAAAGAGGAUCCCUGCGCCCCCACCACUCCGCUCGGAAGAGACCCGAUCACUGCUAAUGUCUCCUCGUCACAACCAGCCAACACCCCCGGGACAUCUUUAAGGAGUCAAGGUACAUGUGCAAGAGACUCCAUGAAAAGUUCGUAAAGUCUGCCAUAAAAAAAACAGCGGGGUGACUGGAGAUCAU